AUGGAAGAUGGCAACAUGCUAUUACAACCAGGACGCAGCGUGGGGUUUAUGACCCUCGGGUGCUCCCUCCACGAAGUGUUGACGACCGUGAAAGCAGAAGUCAAGGCGUAUCCACGAUUCCAACUCUACCAUGACGACCUCCAUCCGAUAUCCACCCCCAUCCAUAUAAGUUUACCCGACAACGGACUGCGGUUACAGUUCGACGGGCCCGACCAGCGGCUACGGCUGAUAGAAGUGCUCGAUUUUGCGAAAGCUCGGCUGGUGUACAAGGAUAUCGAGGUGUUCAAGCCUGGUGAUAGUGGCAUGUUAGGAGGGCCUUCAGGACCCAGAUUCAGACACGUCUAUGAUAAGCUUCUAGGGCCGACAUAUGGCGGAGAAUAUGUACCACCCAAGUCGGAAGAUCCAAGUGCGAGAGGGACAUACAAUCUGUCGUACCCUGGCAUAGCCUUCAACUUUCCCGUGCAACACUCGGCAUAUUCUUCCAAGAAAGACUUCAUCUCGUUACUAUCAUCGUCGGCCACCGGACCCGCAACGUCUAUGGCAGUCUUCAGCGGAGAGUCUUGGCAGAAGGCGAGAGGAUCCCUAUUCACAGCGAUACCCCCCAAUCCAAGAUCUUUGGUGCUAGUAGGUGGCAAGGGAAGGGAGGGAGGACCAGAUGAGAUCGAGUCGGUAAGGGUACACGGCGAGGGUCGUAUUGAGCUCAUGAGGCGUUCCAGCCCCCCUUUCUGGAUCAUCCUUAGCGAGACCACCCCGCAGGACUUGAUCAUGGAGCUCGGUGCACCCGACUCGAUCUAUCGGAAGAACGACCACCGGCUAUCGAUUCACAAAGACCGAAGAACUAGUGAUGCCUCGGAUCUAUCACCAGGCGGACUUAUACCCGAUGAUCUCGACUCGGAUCAUGGCUCAGCUGUUAGGUCAGACAACGAAGACGACUGGGAAGACGAUGAUGAAGCCGCCCUCGAAGCUCAAGAGCGCGAGGUUGCAGCAGCAGAGCACUUCUACAACUACUACCACCACGGCUUCGACAUUCUCAUCUCGCAACCAACGCAGAUCUCGCCACCCUCACCCACGGCCGAACGUCGAGAAUCAGACCUGUACCACGAAGAAGGCGAACUCACUGCCCAGCCCCUAAAUCACCUCACAGCCACCAAAAUCAUCUUGCACGGAAAUGUCCCAGGGUCGUACCAGUUCAAUCGGCAUAGAAGGAGUAGAUGGACACUAGAACAUGUGCCAUCGACCAUGUACCGAGAAGCCCUCAAUUCUGAAAUGCCUUUUAGCGAUGUUUCUGGUCGUCUCAAGGAAGUCUUCAAACCGUACUAUGACAGCGAAGAACAGGAGCGAUUGCAGCAGCGUGGCAUGGCGCUGAACCGGGGCUGGGGCGACAGCCCGGGGAGUAGCUGCGAGCUGCUGGGUGGAUGGGAAGACAGCUCUGGGAAGAAGAGUAGGUUUGCAAACGCAGGUGGGAGUGUAGUGGUGGAGGGUGCAAGCGAUGUAGGGAACGUAGAACUGUUUGGGUUUCCGGGCAUGGUGUUUGAGGUGCUUAAGAACGGGGCAGUUAGUGCGUUGACGGUAUAUUAA